AUGCAAGCAAUCUCUAUCUUGGCCAGACGCCCGGUCCUAUCAUCCAGAACUGUUGCAUCAGGCCGCAUCGGCACCAUCUCCAGACACUUUUCGUCCACAGUGAUCAACAUGGCGCCCAUCUCCAAAGAAACCGACUUCCUCGUAAUCGGAGGCGGCAGCGGCGGCCUCGGUGCCGCCAGAGCCGCCGCCUCGAGAUACGGCGCAAAGGCCAUGGUAAUUGAGGGAAAGAGGCUCGGAGGCACAUGUGUCAACGUGGGUUGUGUGCCAAAAAAGGUGACUUUCAACGCCGCCUUUAUCGCCGAGACCAUCCACCAAGCCAAGGCCUACGGCUUCAACGUUCAAGAAACAGCCCCUUUCGACUGGCCAACGUUCAAGACCAAGCGCGAUGCCUACAUCAAGCGCCUCAACGGUAUCUACGAGCGCAACCUUGCCAAUGACAAGGUGGAAUACAUUCACGGCUGGGCCAAGCUUCUGUCGAAGAACUCGGUCGAGGUGACCCUGGACGAUGGCAGCAAGGAGGUUGUCAAUGCGAAGAAGAUUCUGAUCGCCGUCGGCGGUAACCCACAUGUGCCCCCAGAAAUUCCUGGUUCCGAGCUCGGAAUCAACAGCGACGGUUUCUUCGAUAUCGACAAGCUUCCCAAGAAGGUGGCGCUUGUUGGCGCUGGUUAUAUCGCUGUUGAGUUCGCCGGCAUGUUCAACGCGCUCGGUGUCGAGACACAUUUGUUUAUUCGUUACGACACCUUCCUCCGCAGCUUUGACCCAAUGAUUCAGGAGAAGGUCACGGCCGAGUACGAGAGACUCGGAAUCCAUGUACACAAGAGAAGCUUGACCAACAAGGUUGAGAAGGAUGAGAAGACCGGCAAGCUCAGGCUUCACUACAACUCCUCCAAGGGCGAGGGCUCCAAUGGCGAGGGCGUUUUGGAGGACGUAGAUCACUUGAUCUGGGCCAUUGGCCGCACACCAGCCAUCGAUGGUCUCGGUCUUGAGGCGGCGGGCGUCAAGACCACCGAGAAGGGCCAUAUUGUGGUUGAUGAAUAUCAAAACACCAACGUCGAGAACGUCUACGCGCUUGGCGACGUCACCGGCCAUGUCGAGCUCACCCCAGUAGCCAUUGCUGCCGGUCGCAAGCUUGCCGCUCGUCUCUUCGGGCCAGAGCAGUUCAGAACUUCCAAGCUCGAUUACGACAAUAUUCCUUCGGUCGUCUUUUCCCACCCCGAGGUUGGCUCGAUCGGCUUGACUGAACCCCAGGCUGUGGAGAAGUAUGGCGCUGAGAACCUCAAGAUCUACAAGACCAACUUCACGGCCAUGUACUAUGCCAUGAUGGAGCCCGAGGAGAAGGCGCCUACCAGCUACAAGCUUAUCUGCGCUGGGCCAGAGGAGAAGGUUGUUGGUCUGCACAUCAUGGGUCUGGGCAGCGGAGAGAUGCUCCAGGGCUUUGGUGUUGCGGUGAAGAUGGGGGCCACCAAGGCUGAUUUUGAUAGCUGUGUUGCUAUUCAUCCGACUAGCGCCGAGGAGCUUGUUACUUUGAGGUAG